GCCCUGGAGAGGGGCAUGGCCAGAGAGGAAGAGCAGGAAGGGGGCGCCUCCGGCGGAGGGGGCGGCGGGGAGCAACGGGAGGCGCCCGCUGCUUCUUUCCCUGCAGGCCGCGUCCCGCCGCUCUCGCAACCGGGAGUCGCGCCGCUGCGCUUCGGGCUGGUCCCGUCGGAACUGCACGCGCGGCUGCUGGACCAGCACGACUACCGAGGCCGGGUGGGCGCCAUGGAGCAGCUAAAGCGGGUUCUGGGAGAGGCUCCGGGGGCGGCCUUGGCCUGCUUGCCACCGCCCAGCCUCCUCGGGCUGCUCAGCCUGCUGCGGGCUCUGCUGGACGACUCGAACUUCAAAGUGGCGCUGGGGGCGCUGGAAGGGCUGCGCCUGCUGGCCGUCCGCCUAGGCCCGGCGGCGGGGAGCCGCUGCCGCUUGGAGCCGUUGGUGGCGGCCGCAGCCAAAGUGCUGGGCGACGCCAAGCUGGCCAUCCGCCAGGAGUACCACCAACUCUUCCUGGGCCUGAUGCGGGCCGCCGGCCCUCAGCCCGUGCUGGAUCUCCUGCUGCGCCCCGAGCACCUGCAGCACCGCAACUCCCGCGUCCGCGAGGUGGUCCUGGCCAUCUCCAUUGCUGCCCUCCUCACCUUCCCCAGCGAGGACUUCGAGCUGCCCAAGCUGGUGGCCACCCUUGCUCCGGCUCUGGCCGAUAGCAAGCGCCGGGUCCGUCACGCCGCCUUGGAGGCGUUUGCUGUCUUAGCCUCGGCCCUGGGGCCCGGCCGCGCCAGCCUCAUCUUCAAGGCAGUGGACGUGGUUGAACUUCAGGACAAUUGCGAAGGGGUCAUGAGUGCCGUGCAGGCUCGGUUGGCCAGAAAAACUCUACCCAAGCUUACCGACCAGUGGUUUGUGGAGUAUGCUGUCCCCCUGCCCUCCUCGGCCAACGGGCGCGGCUUUCAUUUGCCUCAUGGAGCGGACACAGAUUGGCUCCUGGAGGGCAACCGUAUCCAGAGUGCCCACAGCUACUCUGGAGAGACUGCUGGGUCUUUUACCCCUUUUGUGGACCAAGGAGUAUGUCCCCGGCGUGUUUUAAGUGCUGGGAAAGGAAAACUGCCUUGGGAGAGCGAACGACCUGGGAACCAAACUUGCUUUGCAAAAGGAAGUGAACCAUGCUUGACAUCAAAUGAUUUUCUUCACUCUCCUAAAUUAAGAGCUUCUCAAGGUGUGAUGGCCUCUCAUCAGCCACAUAUUUCAGGAAAAUCCAACCUACUUGGUUUCUCUCAUAGCCGUGGGAAAAGUGGUAGUGUGGAUUCUGACCUACAAUUUCUAGGACUUAGCAGUCCAUGGCAAGAUAAAGUGUGUACUAGCCUCAAUUUUACCAACAAACCUCAGCGGACCUUUUGUAGCCCACCUGAGCAUACUUCUCUCCUGGGCUGUCACACUAGCCAAGGAGCAUUCAUUCUUCCAUCCUACCCAUUUUCAUCACCCAGGCACAGUCCAAAGCACACCUCUUCACCAACAGAUUCACUUAAGAAAUCACAAGACCAUGCUGUUAAUUUCUCUAAUUCCUGGCCUCUUAAGAGCUUUGAAGGGCUUCCAAAACCUACACAUCAGAAGAAGUUUUCCAGCCCAAUAUCAGGAGAGGAAGCAGACAUGAAACCUCAAGAUACUCCUCCUAUUCAGCUAAAACCUGCCUUUGUGAGGACCCCAGCUUCAAGGAGAGGCCUGAGUGGAACAAAGCCAGUGCCUCCAAUCCCUAGGGGAGUGAGCCCCUUGCCUGAUAAAACAGAAAUCAGUUCAAUGGGACAAAAAAACGGAGAGCCAGAAGACAUGUGGCUAAAUGAAAGGGAUAAGAAAUUGGCCAUUGAUCUUUCAGAGUUAAAUAUCAGUGAAAGAGAGCUUGAUGAGGAAGAGAUGCAUAGUUCUCUUCGGUCUCUUCGUAAUAGUGCAGCUAAGAAGAGAGCAAAGUUGAACGGCAGCACUUCUGAUCUUGAAAGCCCUGAUUCUGUGUUGAAGCUUGAUCUAACUUCAGAGUCACCUUCCUGCUUGUCAUCUCCAAGUACUAGUUCUUACAGUGAAAGUGGAGUUUAUAGUCUUGAGUCUGUAACGUCCCCACUGUCUACAGCACCCCAAGGGUUAAGAACAAUAUCAGAUAUUUUUUCUCUAUCUGGAGGUAAUUCCCGCCCCACAAAGCUCUCACCUGCACGGAAUCGAAGCUCUAUCAUUGUGGAACAGAAUCCCAGUGCAGGAACAAGGUUUCAUGAAAAAGCAACUUCCUUUGUAAGUGUUAGUGGCCAGCAUCUGAGCUGUGGAAAUGGAUCAGGAGAUUAUGAAGAUGAUAAACAGAAAAUUUUGUCUCCUGCCAGUCUGAAAGGGCAGAGCAAAGAGUAUCAAAUGCAUUGUAAAUCCACAAAAGGAUUUAUAGGACCUUCUUCAAGUUUACAUCAUUUGAAUAGUCUCGAAUACAUUUCACCGAGUGCCUUGUCAGAAGACUCUGUAGUUAUUGUUGGAAAAGGAAUGUUUGAAAGCCCCUCUUCACUUCCUACAUAUGGUCAAUCCAUAAUCUUCUCCAUGGAGAAUGGAGAUGCACCUUCGUUCAAACCAAAAAUGGAAUCACUUUCUGGCAUCUAUGGGAGAGCCGUCCAGCAGCAAAGCUCUGCACCUUGCUUAGAUGUGGAAAAUGAAAGAGAUAUGAAAGUUGCCUUAUCCAAAUCUGCCCGAGAAAAGAUGAGACAGAAGAAGAGAGAGGAGAAGGAGCACCAGCAAAUUAGAGAUCUGGGAAAAAAGGAAUCCAAUCCUUGGGAAUUGCUCAAGAUCAAUGAAUCAGAAAAGAUGACAACCGACAGCAGAAAUGUUGCUUUCAGUCCUUUGUUGAAAAGAACAUCAAGUAUUAAAAAAGCACAGCCUUUGAUCUUGUUAGACUCAGGUGAAGACUCUCCAGGUCCACAGAUGCCGUUUAAGGAUCGGAUGUUAUCGGUCAUGCACAGUUCUGAAAUAAUGGAACCCUCAGAUUUGAGACCCUUCCCCAAGCCUGAAUUUGCUCUUUUGGAAGCCUUGCAAUACCUUGCUGAUAAUGAUUGGGAGAAGAAAAUUGAGGGCCUCAAUUCAAUUAGGUGCCUUUCUGCCUAUCACUCCGAUGCUCUAACUGCAAAACUACAUGAAACUAGUUUGGCUGUUGUGCAAGAAGUGAAAAAUUUACGUUCUGUUGUUUCCCGAGCUGCGGUUGUUUGUUUAGGAGAUUUAUUCAACUACCUGAAAAAAAGCAUGGACCAAGAACUAGAUAAUACAGUUAAAGUCCUUUUGCAUAAGGCUGGGGAAUCAAACACCUUCAUUAAGGAAGACGUUGACAAAGCACUGAAAGCUAUGGUUAAUAAUGUGACUCCUGCACGUGCUCUUUCUUCUCUGAUCAAUGGAGGUCAAAGCCACUUAAAUACAGCAGUAAGAAGAUGCACUGCCCAACAUUUGUCAGAUGUUGUAGAGCACAUGGGACCAGGGCGUAUAUUGUCUGGAAUUAAAGAUAUAACUGACAAGAUUUUGUCUGCUGUGGCCAAAUUUGUCCAGGAUGGUUCACAAGAAACAAGAUACUAUGGGCGAAAGAUGCUUUUCACUUUGAUGACACACACAGACUUCGAUAAAAUGCUUGAAAAGCAUGUGCUGCCAAAGGAUUUGCCUUAUGUUAAAGAGACAGUCAGCAAUUUGCGUCAGAAGGGACUUGGGGAGAUGCCAAUAGUUACACCCUCAGCCAAAGGAAGGCGUUCUCAUACUGGUAACAUAGACAAUUCAAGAUCAAACAUGUCACGCGAAGUACUUAGUGCUAGUGACAGAGAGAUUAGAGAAAUACGUGACAUAUCCAGGAAAUUAGUUCCUCGUAAUGCUUUGGAAAGUGCUGAAUAUGUAAAGUUUAUAACAACUUUACUGAAUGCAAAAGAUUUCCGCGAUCGAAUUAAUGGAAUUAAACAACUGUUAGCAGACACAGAGAACAACCAAGACCUUGUUGUUGCGAACAUUGUGAAGAUCUUUGAUGCCUUCAAGUCUCGCUUACAUGACUCAAAUAGCAAAGUCAAUCAGGUUGCUCUAGAGACCAUGCACCAGUUGAUUCCUCUGUUGAAAGAGAAACUAUCUCCUGUUAUCAACAUGUUAAUUCCUGCCUUGGUUGAUAACAAUCUGAAUUCUAAGAACCCAGGCAUCUAUGCUGCUGCCACCAAUGUCAUCCAGGCUCUUUGUCAACAUUUAG